AUGGAAUAUAAUCAACUUCGUUUAGAGCAAGUUCUCUCUCCUUUGUUGGCGCUUAUGUAUGGGACUGGAGACAAUGUACCUAACAAUUUAAUUCGUUCUUGUCUUAUAUUUGCUUGUGACCAUGGAAUGAAAAAAAUUGUUAAGGAAUUGGAAGAGGUCUGGAAAGAAGAUUUUUUUGUUUUUUUAAUUUAUUUUUUAAUAUAG